UUUUCAAACUCGGAAACGUCUUCAUUCAGAAAUGACAUUUGUGUUGAAAGUGACAGGGAGAAGACUAUAGCCAGUUAACAUAUUUAAUUUGCAUGGCAAUUAUUUAACAUGAUAUCAAAGUCUGCGUUGUAAAUAGUUAGUAUAACCAACUUAACUACAUGUACUGUAUAGCUGAAAAUUGCAAAGCUCGAGACCUUCAUCAUAUAUCCUCUUGGCUAGCUAGCGAACAGUAGCUAACUGUCACGAGCUGGCUAACUCUCGGUACUUCCGUUUAAUAUUUACAAACCGGAGCCGUUGACAUGGACUAUCAACAUAUAGCAAACACUGUAGCCGACAGUCUCAUAAGCUAUACCAAGGACGAGUCUGGGUGGAAAGUCUGCAAGAAAUCGAAUGAUGUCAUCGUGUCCUGGAGGCCGUCGACGGAGUUCCCGGGGAAUGUGUACAAAGGAGAAGGUGUGGUUAACGGCAGCCCAGAGAAAGUGUGGGAGUGUUUGAAACCCGUGCCCAACGGCAUGAGAGUGAAGUGGGACAACAACGUGAAAAAGUUUGAGCUGUUGGAGCGAGUCACAGAGGUACGUUUCACAGCACUGUGUACUUUAUCGACCGUGACAUCUGUGAGUCCUUUUUUUUUCUUUCUGAAAUCAUCUCCAUCCAUAUUCUGGUUUUUUGAUUAUAUCGCUUGUCUUUUAUUUCAUCAAGGUAGAUUCUUCAUCCCUGAGGUUGUUGCUGUGCAGUACUCUCCUUCUGACGUCUCUGUGUAUCGCACCGUCACUCCCUCGGCGGCUAUGGGGAUCAUAGCGCCACGAGACUUUGUAGACGUCAUACUGGUCAAGCAGUACGAAGACGGCACCAUCACUUCUAACGCCACCAAUGUGGGCCACCCCAACUGCCCCCCUCAGUCAGGAUACGUGAGGGGGCUCAACCACCCCUGUGGCUGCAUCUGUGUUCCCAUCUCAGCAGAGCCAAACAAGACGCAGCUGUUCAGCUUCUUCCAGACAGACCUGGGAGGACUCCUCCCUCGCUCCGUGGUGGACUCCUUCUUCCCGUCCAGCAUGGCAGAGUUCUACAGCAACCUGGCCAAGGCAGUCCGCUCCCUUAAGGAUCACUGAUACCUGCCCGAACAUGACCCUGAACAUGACCCUGAACAUGAACCUCACCCUGAACAUGACCCCAACCUCCCCCUGAAUCUGACCCAAACGUCAACCUCAACCUGACCCAAACCUGACCCCAACAGGACCCUGAAGACCCAACCUGACCCAAACCUGACCCCAACAGGACCCUGAACCUCAACCUGACCCAAACCUGACCCCAACAGGACCCUGAACCUCAACCUGACCCCAACAGGACCCUGAAGACCCAACCUGACCCAAACCUGACCCCAACAGGACCCUGAACCUCAACCUGACCCAAACCUGACCCCAACAGGACCCUGAACCUCAACCUGACCCCAACAGGACCCUGAACCUCAACCUGACCCCCAACCUGACCGCUGGUUAAUUCUCUCAGCGGGUACAAGGUCAUUUAAAGCACUCAAACUGAAAAUAGAGAAAUUCCUCCGAUGCAUCAAGUGAAUAACAUGGGGUUAGACUGUGGUAAUGCCAGGUCGGAUACUCUCCUGUAGACAUGAAGACGGCAUCCAGUGCUACUAAUCUCCUCCAGCACAUGAAGUACAUGCAACAGGGCGCUGUGUGUGUGUGUGUGUGUGUGUGUGUGUGUGUGUGCGUGUGUUGUCGUGAACAGCAGGGCGCUCUCUGAGUCCCUUGUAUUGGCCUAGGAAGGAAAAUCAAUCCUAAAGACUGCACCCAAAGAAGAAGCAACUCUUACAUUUGCCAAAUCAAAAAAGAAAAUCCCUUUACAUUUCCUGUCCGAGAUGCGUUACCACCAUCGUCCUGUUCAAAAGAAUGACCGUAGAUUGAGAUCUACAUUCUGUACAUACUGGAGACGCAGAAUAUAUGCAUUCCUUCUCUUUGGUACUGUAACUAUGUAACUAAGGAACUCUGUCCCUUUGUCCUGUCCUGGAUGCCCUGGUCUUGUGUUCCAGUAUCGUGCAUGUUGCAUGAACUUCACCCCCUCCACACUGGCUCCCCAGGGCUGGGGCCGGUGACUCUCAUCUCACAUGUAGUACUUGAACGUUCCUAGUUUGGUCCCGUCUCCACUCCCCUCUGACCGAGGACUCCUGGAUCUCUUAUUCAGUAUGUUAUGUUCUCACUCACAGCCAAGAAGCACAGGUAUUUGCAGUAUGGGCAAAUGGCAAUAUUUACACAGCCUAAACAAUAACAAAGUGUACUUUACCUGUGCAAGGCAGGGGCGUAGCCGGGAAUAUUUUCUUGGAGGUUCCGAUCUUAAAAUGGCGGGGCCACUAAAAAACUGUUAUAUGUAUAUCAAUUCCUUCGUUUUUGACUGUAGGCAAUCAGACAUCUGGAGAAGGCACACAUGUUAAUGACCCCCUUGUUGCUAUGCUACUGCUCCAGGGGAUUGUGGUGCACCUUGAGUCUUCAGAGGUAGAUAGCAAGAAGGCAGUUGGAUGGCAGUUGGACGGCGGUGUUCUCUGACCUCCAGGCUACAUGUCCUGGGGUUGGAGCACUGGCCAGACACGGCCCUUGUCUCUGUCUCUCUUUCUUUCUUUCUUUCUUUCUUUCUCUCUCUCUCUCUCUCUCUCUCUCUCUCUCUCUCUCUCUCUCUCUCUCUCUCUCUCUCUCAGACUGAGGUGUUGAAAGGCUGGAGAUGGGCUGGCCUAUCGGUGUUGCUGUUUAUUCAAUGUGCUGUGACCCACCUGCAUGCCUACUGUCUUUGCCUCGUAUUCACUGGUAAA